AUGACUGUUGUCAUUAAGGGUCAUUGGUUUUACGCCCCCUGGUGUACGGUGUGUGAACAGCUGGAUCCCAUUUGGCAUCAGAUCGGAUCAGAACUCAAAAGUCUCGGCUCGCCAGUCAACGUCGGCAAAUCAGACGCCAUGGAGAACAGCGAUUUGUCCAAAGAGUUCAAGGUCCGAAGUGUUCCCACCAUCAUCAUGUUGAAGAAAGAUGUGAAGUAUAAUUAUUCAGGACCCAAAACCAAAGAUGGAAUCAUGGAGUUUGCUGAUCGAGUCUCAGGGCCGUUGGUUCGACAUCUGAGUAGCGUGCACCUGUUCCAACAUGUGAUGAGUCGCCACGAUGUCAUGAUGGUUUACGUUGGAGCCACAUCACCGCUGAAGGGAAACUUCACAUCGGUAGCCGAGACGCUGAUCGUUCACACCUUCUUCUUCUCUGCUUCCAGAGACGUGCUGCCCAAGGAGGUGUCUCUGCCCUCUCUGCCGGCCGUGGUGAUCUUUAAAGAUGGAACCUACUUCACCUUCAACGAGGAACGUGAUGGCGAUCUGAAGUCGUGGAUUAACAGAGAGCGUUUCCCAAACUACAGCCAGAUCGACGGCUACACUCUGUACUCCAUGGGGGAGUCAGGUAAACUGGUGGUGUUGGCGGUGGGGGAGGAGAAGAGCCUGAGCGCGGACAGUCUCAGGUAUAAAAGUCUGGUGGAGAAAGUUUCUACGGACUACAAAGAAAUCUACAGCAGAAACUUUUACUUUGGUUUCAUUAAGGGCAGUGAAUACCUCGAUGGACUUGUGAUGGGAGAGCUCUCCGUGCCGACCUUCAUCGUGGUCAAUCUUUCCAAUGACGGCUUCUUCCUGCCGCCCGGCGCCAUGGAGACGGAGCGCCACCUGCUGGACUUCCUGAACGGAGUUCUGGACGGCAGCAUCCAGGAUCAGGGAGGAAACAGUAUCGACCAGCGAGCCCAACGCAUCUUUUAUAACAUCAAAGUCACACUUAAGCCGGCCUUCAUUAAGUCCCCGGUGUACUGCUGCCUCCUCCUCAUCACUCCGUUCCUGGUCGUGGCCAUCCUGAUCUAUCUCUGCCGGAAGAAAGUUCCCGCCGCCGCCGCCGCCGAUGACGACGUCUUGCUGCUGGCUCCGUCGCUACGGCAACGCAGGAAACUGACGGACAAGAAGUCAGAGUGAUGGAGAAGAACAGGAAGAUAACGUCCCAACACACUGUCUGUCUGUCUGUGUGUGUGUCUGUCUGUCUGUCUGUCUGUGUGUGUGUGUGUCUGUGUGUCUGUGUGUCUGUGUCUGUGUGUCAGUCAGUCUGUCUGUCUGUC